UGUCUGCUUAAAAUACUUGUAACACAAUAGCGAUUCUGAAGCAAGCCAAAGAGGAUGCAAACAUAGUACCUAUCAUACACUGGGUUGGUUUACGGUUCAUUCUGUCAAGCCCUUCAACUAAUUUAACUGACAACCGUGGUGUAGACUAGUAAAAGUUUGUAUAACUUGUUAUUAUUAUCAUAAAUAUGAUGAGCAACUAUGCUCGAUCACAUGUUACAGCCUACGCACAAAUAGCUCUCUCUCUCUCCAGACUAAAUGUUAACUGCUUGAAUCACUCGAUUAAUAUAUAAGCUUGGAUCUUAUUAGUUUAUUCGAUUUAGUAUUGGUGUGGUCACUGGUUCCUGUACUCGUUCGCUUUGGUAUUUGGAAUUACCAAAUAACGGUUAACUAGAACGAGUGAUAUAGAAAGCCUAAGGAAUUAUCUCGUAGCUAAACUAUCACAAAGUGAACUAAGAGAUGGGUAUCCGAGGGUUGUGGACGUAUAUAGAAAGCAGCGGUGGAAACUUAUCCGUGUAUGAAUUGCAUAACCAGCCUUUAGUUAUUGAUGCUGAGAACUUUGCUACCGCCUGUUAUCGUGAAGCUGCUUUGCGAUGUGAAUUUGGUGGAGAGUAUUUGGCAUUUAAGAGUUAUGUGCAGUCAUUGUUGAAAGAGUUUAGUAUCUGUGGUGUGGAGCCAAUUUUCGUUUUCGGUGGAUGUCAUCCGAAAGAGGGAACAAAAUUGAAUACUUUGAUGAAGCGGAACAAGGAGUACUUUAAACAACUCUCAUCAGCUCUUCUGAUUGCUAAGUCAACUUGCAGCACAGAGUUGGACAUUGAUAUAGCUCCACGACUUAACAGAAAUGUUCUGGUUGAAAUUCUGCGUGAAUCUUCAAUUCGAUACAUAGCAUGUGAACGUGAAGCUGAUAUCAGUACAGCAGAACUUGCUGUUCAUCUUCAAUGUCUUGUUACUAGUGGAGAUUCUGAUUUUUUUAUUUAUCGACCAAACGAUAAUAAUCAAGUGUAUAAUUUUAUUCCAUUUUCAACUAUUUCACGUUAUUCUAAGAAGAGAUCCGUCCCUUGUUCUAUUUGUAAACGGAGUGGUGCUUCAUGUUAUUUCAUGUCGUGUUCAAUUCUUAAUAAUUCAGGACCGUUUUCUAAACUCAAGUAUCCUAUGUUACCACUUUUUGCCAUUCUCGUUGGUAAUGACAUGAUAUCAAAUAUUCGCCUUCCAACUAUCAUCGAUUCACUAAUCCAUACUUCUAAACUACAGAGGAAGUCCUACUAUCAAAGACGUAUCGAUGCUAUAUUUAACUGGCUGUUAAGUUUCCGUGACAUAGAAGAACCAUUGUCAUUGGUGUUGUCACUUUACAGUGAAAACGAAAGGGAUGGUAUUGGAAAGACAAUUCGUUUAGGGAUUUCGGAUUAUGUUCUAAGUAGUUCAGGAGAAAACCUGGCUCGUGAAUUAGGUUUUUCAACUGAACACAAUAUCUCAUCAAGUGUUUCGUUGUCAAGCAAGAUGGGAAAUUUGAGCAUUCAGGAUCCCACAACUUGUCGGGGUUCUUACUGUGAAGAUGCUUCCAAAUUUUCUAAACCUAUAUUGGAGAGAAAUGAUGAUGAUGAUGAAGACAGUAUAUUUCACCGUUGGCCGAAAGAAUUGAUUAGGCGAUUUAGAUUUCUGGACUUAAUCCCAUCCCUAUUUGACCACAUGUAUGUACGAAAUGGCGCUUUUUCUCGUUUACUAAUGGAGGACAUAAAGAUUCCUAGUUCGCUUGACGAAUGUAUGUCGAAGAUGAGAAGUGCUAUAAAUGGACUUAUAUAUGGACUUGAAAACCACUUGGGCACCAAUGGAAAGUUAUGUGGAAUGGAGAAUGAGUGUGUCACUGAGUAUAGAAGAAACGUGGAUGGUGAUUUUACGAAGACUUUAAUGUCGAUGAAGCCUCUGAAACCCCCUAGUGCUGAAACGCCUGAAUUGUCGUUCUUAUCUUUUUUCUCGAAAUUGUUCAAUGUGAAUUUGGAGAAAGAUUUUAAGCCUCUUGAAAUACAAGGUUUGGCUAUUUUAUUAAUUCUAUGGUUCAGAUGUUCAUCUCAUGCCCAAAACGAAGCUAAAAACAUUAAGACAUCGCCAGUUGCACUUGCGUUGUCAUGUUGUACAAUCGCAAUGAAUUCAAAUCGUGAAUUUCUCGGUAGAAAUCGUGAUGUUGAUGGAGAUUUCGCUAACUCCAUUCGCACACAUCUCGAUAAGUGUGCUGAUGUGGCCAAAUCAAAUUGUUGUCAAGAAGUAAAUAAACGUUCCUUUUGUAUUGAGCAAGUUCACCAACUUAAUGAAUUGCAAAGUAUGACCACUGGUUUAAAGCAUUUAGUUGCAAUGAUUGAGGUGCUUUGUCCGUUUUAUAUGUCAAAUAGUAAUAAAUUUGAUAGUUGUUCACAUUUUAGAAAUCCUUUCAUAAGCUUUUAUCCGUUUUGGAUGUUAUUUGCCAGUGGACGUCUUUUAUAUUGGAUUAGUCGACUUCUGCAAAAUAUUGAUCCAUCUGAACGUUUCCAUAAAGUUAUGAAUGAGUGGCUUCCAAAAUUGCUUAUAAGGACCAAUACUGGACGUGAACAAGAAGAUUGCGCCUCAAAAGAUCUUACCAAACUUUUCAACCUAAUUGAUAAGUUGAACUCUUGAGAUCUACUUACUCAUGGUUCGGUUUCUAUUAUUAUCAACGCUAGUAUUCGUUUUAUUAUUUCUGAUAAACUGUCAUUUUUAAUUUAUAUAAACAUACACACGCAACACUUGGAUGGUUUGUUGUCGAAACUUUUAACUCUCAUGUCAUACUUGCACAUCGAUUUUCCUAAUAACUAGAAUCAUUCAAAUAUUUUAAAUAUACAUUUCAUCAAUUCAUGCUACGCCUUUAUUUUUGUAAAAGUAGUAAAGAUGUCAAGAACGAAAAAAGUCAGUUCCCAGAAAGACCUACUUCAUAUUCUAUGAAAACUACUUCUCCAACUACUUGGAUAUAAUAAAUUGUUGACUAUGGUGUAACUGGGCAUGUUAACGCCAGCCACAUUGUUAACAGUCGAUGUGUCUAUGUAUUUUGUGUUUAUUACACUAGAUGAUUGUUUCGAAGUAUUUACUGACGUUGUCUAGGUGGAUGGGAUGAU